AUGUUAUCAGACGAUUUAGAAAAUUUAAUUGAGCAAAAACGCCGUGAAUUGGAGAAUGAAAAGGCUGCUCUCGGUUUGUCAGAAAACAAUCGACUAAUUAAUAGUGAUGUAGAAAAAAUAGACAAUACAGAACCUUCUCGACGCGUACAGCUCAGUCGAGCCAGAGCUCUGUCCAAAAACAAUGAAACACCUGAGGAUGAAAGUGAAGAAAAAGAUAUUCCACCUGACUUAGAGAGGUAUAUAAGGCGCUACCUGGGCUUGCCAGUGAUGUUGAAGGCGGGUGAAUAUUCCCCGAACAAUCCUCUGAUCCGCGGCGAAAGACCAAGCGGUGAUGUCCUUCUCGGACUUGGCGAGUACGAGAGACGACGGAACACGCUGCGCAAGAUUCGACAAAAGCAGUACAAAGAAUAUCUCGAUCAGCAAGCGAAAAUAAAGCAAGAAGAACGCGAGAAGGCCGAACGGGAGAGAAAAGAGCGAGAGGAGAAGGAGAGGCUAGCGGAGGAACGAGUAAGAGAGCGUGAGCGACUCGAGUUAGACAGACGCAGUCCAGAAAGACGUCGCGCUAGUUUUACUCAUCCUACUGUUUCUGGUGCUAAUAAUGCGUAUACGACCAAAGUGGAUACAGGUGUGCAAGUCGACGACAGACAUACACCACUAUCAGUCGCUGUACAGACGGACGAGAACGAUUUGUUUUCUAUGCGGAAUCGGGUCUCUCUACACUCAAAGCAGCUUCUCACUCAAGCUGAACGAGAGCUUUCGCCUCGCACUGUGGCCGAUGUGAAGCCCGCCACUUGGCACUGGCCAUAUAAGGAGCCAGUCCACGAAGAUAGAGGGCGCAGACGUAGCUAUGGAGAUUUCGAUGCUCGCACCUCCUCAAUAUCGAGAGACAACAAACAAACGUACAGGCCUUCUAUACUCGAUGCUGACGUCAUAUCCUUGAGGAACCUCCAAGCAGAAAAGGAAGCAGCAGCACGACGACAAUUCUAUCAGCAGGAAUUACGUAACCAAAUAGAAGAGCAGCAGAGGAUAAGAGAGGAGAGGAAAAAUAGGGAGAAAAUGCUAGAACAAGCGGAGAUGAGACGGCUAGAACAACAACUGCGGUCGUUGAAGGUGGCGCAAGAAACUGAAUUAGACAGACAUAGGGAUUUUUCCGCUCAGAUAAAACGGAACUCCGCAGAGUAUGACAUGAAACGAACCUCUUUACAACGAGAGAUAGAUACAGAGCAGAGAAAACUCACGACUUCAAAAUUAUCACACACACCGCAAAGCGAUAAUUACUAUUCGGAAAAGCCAUACAGUACGAACGUUCCGGAAUCGUCGAUUUUCUCACCAAACUACGACCUAGACAGCUAUCUACGGAAAAACCUGAACCCUAGCAAGGAAAGCCUUUUAAAUUUUCGCAAAUAUCACAGUAGACAGGACACGAAACCCGAUAUGAGCAAAAGCUGGCACGAAAGAGGUAACGAGAAGUCAGACUGGUAUGAAAAAAGGCAAAUACACGAUGACAUCCACGAAAAAAUGCCAUACGACAGGUAUGAAACUGAAAACAAACUAGAAGGUAUGAAAAUGUACGAUAGAGGCGACUUUAAUGAAAACACGGAGAGGCACGAGACGUAUAAAGACGACUAUGGAAGGAAUGAAAAGUUCGACGCUCUACCCAUACCGGUUUUAAGGCAUUCUCCAAAACACAAUGUUGAUGAGCAUCAAGAGAAUGUAUACAAAAGCAAUGAAGACUUAAGCCAAGAAAUGCAACUGGUCGACAAUAAAUGGAAAGUACCCGCAGUCCAGAAGAAUAUUUUGAAGAGUUUGCACAGUGAGGGUAGAAAUAUAAAUAUUUUGACGCAGUUGGGUUCGAUUCGUCGCCAACUGCAGCUCGAACAAAUGAAAUUGGAUAAGCUUAAACAGAGCGAUGUAUAG